AGCACAACCUUUGAGUCGGUUUUUGGAAUUCCUACUUCAGCUACCGUAGCAAUGGCCGCCACCAAGAAGACCUACAUCGUCGAGCACCUCGACGAGGAGCUGGGCCCCUGGUCCGAGCUCGAGUACCUCGCUAUCGCCAAGGAAUCGCAAGAGAUCGGUUCCGAGUUCCAUCUGACUUCCCUGCCCCAGGGCUUCAAGGUCCCCGAGGCCCUGGCCGCUGUGCUGGCCUUCAAGGCUGAGAACCGCGGUGUUGAGGAGAUCUAUGCUGCUGACAAGAGCAGGGUCUGCCUGCUUGAUCCCGCGGCCAAGAAGGACUUGAGCCCUGAGGAUGGCGAGACCUUUGAUGUUUUCCUGUUUGGCGGUAUUUUGGGUGACGACCCCCCGAGAGACAGAACUUCUGAGCUCCGCAAGAAGGGCUUCGAGGGUCGCCGUCUCGGCCCCGUGCAGAUGACCACUGACACUGCUGUCCGUGUCACUCGUCUGGUUGUUGAGGGCAAGACCCCCGUCGACAAGAUUCCCUACGUCGACCACCCCGAGCUCAAGUUCAGCGAGCACGAGAGCACACAGAUGCCCUUCCGCUAUGUCACUGACAAGGAGGGCAAGCCAAUCAUGCCAGCGGGCAUGGUCGAGUUGAUCAAGAAAGACUCGGACAAGGCUAUUGACGACAUGUUCUAAGGUACAUGCCUUUAAUACCAACAUAGAAGAGAUAGAGUAUAUACCCAACCAGAAUCUGUUUGUAUGUUGCCCCUUGACUUUCCUGGAGGAAGUGUUAUCAG